GCUUUUAGUUCAUUCAAAAAUUUCAAACUGUUCGGUUGGAACUGGAAUAAACCCACAAAUACGAUAUAUAAAAAUAGCUAACAUGUGUCUAAAAUACUUGUUAAUUGCAUCUGCGGUGCUAAUCGGCGUUUGCCAUGGGGAUGUGUCGGAAAUAAGGGACCAGAAAAUCGAUCUGCUGGUGCCAUUCAAUGAUUUAUUGCCGCCACUGCUGGAUGAGACCACAAGCUCAACCACAAGCACCACAUCCACCACAACACCCACCACAACAUCCACCACAACAUCCACAACAACUACAGUGGCACCUCGUACUGCUGCUACCAUAACGAAACCCACAAAGAAAUCGUAUUACCAGAAGCCCGCUCAACUCAACAAGGAGGAUAAAUCCAAGACCAGCUCAGGAAAGCAGCCCAUUCAUCUGCUCUCGCUGGAUCUGUUGCCACCCUUCGAGGAUGAGGCCAAGCCUGAGGAAUCAAAGCCCCAAGAAGUAGCCAAAGUCGUGGCCGUAAGUGAGCCAAAACCUGUGGCCAAGCUGGCUGCUCCACCACAGGCAGUACAGACGCCCCAGCCUGUGGCCAAAGUCGCCCCUCCACAGGCAGUUCUGAAGCCACAGUAUGCACGCAUUGCCGCCCCGGCGAUACAUCCCACACGAGACCCCAUUGGGGCUAGCUAUACCUCUCGAUUCUCAAAUUACUUCCUUACGAGCACCCCGCGGCCACGGCGCGGUCCCCUGCCCACACUGACGCCCUUUCCGCGCCACAUCAAGAAGUAGAAAUCAAUUUAAUUAAUUUAGAUAAGAAGUAAAUCAAAAGCAAAGUCAACAACAAACAUAAAAUUAAUUAAACACAACACAAACUGAACGGAAAGCAAAGUGAAUGAGUGGAAAAUAUUCUGUAUUAUUUAUAAGCGACAGUUUUAAGCGCUACAAGUGAAUUAUGGAACUCUG